AUGGACGCGACUAUACAUCCCGGCCCUCGGAUGUUGGAUCUAUUAGUCCUACAGCCCCAGCAUAGAUCCGAGUAUAUAUGGGAGGGACAGUUGCUUACGCAGACUUUCCGGGCCAGGAGAGUGGAUCUAUUGUGGGAGUUUUUGAGUCAUAGAGUUCUACAUCCCCGCGUAGUCCAUUACUUGGAGGAGAUGGGAUUAUAUAGGAUUAUUAGGAUUGGCCAGAUACAGCUCGACUGGGCUAUGAUCACGGCCUUGAUUGAGCGGUGGCGACCGGAGACGCACAUUUUUCAUCUGCCCAUAGGCGAGGCCACCAUUACACUCCAGGAUGCUGAGAUUUUAUAUGGCUUGUCCGCUGAUGGCUUGCCAGUAUUACUGUCUGCGACCAUGAGAUAUUAUUCGCGGCAGUCUUAUUGGGAUAUGUUGCACAUGCUNCCCCCAGUAUAA